AUGAAUGAUAGUACUACCCCAUAUCCUCUCCACGUGACACCUAACCCUUACCCAAUCCUUACACCACUAAACCCUAACCCCAGAGUUACCCUUGGUGGAAACCUAAACCUCGUAUUUACCGAUGAUGGGCCGAUAAAAUCUCUAAAGGUCUAUAACCUGCAAUACCACCUGUUGAGGGCUUCCAACUCGCAGCCACUUAAUGCGACCAUCACGACGAGACAGGGAGGCUGUGCCUAUGACAACAUGUUUUCCAUCUUGGCGGCCAUGCGCGAGGCAAGGGAUCUAGUCGGUGGACUGCGCAUGGAAGUCAGAGCGCGCUUCAACCACCACAUGGAUGCCAUACAGCAUAUUUUGACGCACCACCUUUUCAGCCCGGCCAGCUUCGAGGUACGCACAAGCUGCCGAACAAUAACAGUAGCCGAAUACCUCCAGGAUGCCAGUCGUCUUUUUCGUAAGGCGAGGCAAAUUCUUGCUGCCAACAAUGUUAUGAGGCAUGAUGUAAACCGCGAGCUAACCAUUAGAGAAAAAGCCAUUCUUGGUGAUCUCAAACUCCUUCUCGGAUACAGGCAUGCAGGGUUCAAGUCCGAUCCCACUCUUGGACCAAUAUGGUGGUUAGAUCGCAACCCAGCACCACCCAUUCCACCACAGAUUCCACCACCUCGACGACCUCCCCAACCGAUUAUUAACUUGGACAGUGAUGAUGAAGAGCAGCCACCCGCUGACAACCAACCUCCACCCAGACCGCCACCUACCAACCUGAACAACGCUCUGAUCAUACUGGCAAGAAACAAUCGGUCUGAUGUAGGAAACCACGCUAUAAGAUGGCAAGAAGUACACCGUCUGUUCACGAUGCGAUACCCGGAGGUGAAUUCAACAAGCGAACAGUUAAGAAAUAGAGUCAGGCACCUGCGAAAAAAGAAUCCAAACUUAUUAGAAUGA